UUUGCUCCUUUUCUGCUCAAUUUUUUUCUCUCUUACUUGGAUUCUAUUGGAGAAUUGUCUUCUUCAGAUAAUAUCACUCGGGUCUUUCAUCAAAUAAUUAUUUUGAUCUUUUGAAAAAAAAAAGAUAUUUUUUUUGGUAAAUAAAGAAAAAAGAUAGUUACUGUCCCCUUUGAGGCCGCUGUGAUGAUCAGCAAUUGCUUAUUUUUUGUUUAAAUACUAUCAAAAUUUGAUUUUGAACUCAUUAUUCUCGGUAUUUCAUGCUGAAUUUUGACUGGUUUCUUGACUCAUUUGAUUUUAUCGUUUUGUGAGUUUAAGAUUUGGGUGUUUGGGGGCUCUUAUCUCUUCUCUGUUUUAAUCUAAUUGCGAAAGGAGCAUUUGCUGAGAUGUUUGUAAAACUUCAACUUUUAGGUGGUUACAGCUAAUGCCAUGUUUCUAAUUUUGAUUUGCAGAGUGAAUUCAAAUUAGAAUUAAAUUUCCGAUCCUUUGAGACAUAUACAUCAUCAGAAUGGCAGUAGGACAGGCUCAACAUGAAGGAUCUUUAGCAACUGGUUUAGAGUUUGUUCCUCGGACACGCAUUUUAGGAAGAAAAAGGGUUGUGAUUUCAAGUAAUUUGGAUGCAUCUAAUUUAUCUUCUCGAUUAAGUGGACCGUUGCAAAGGAAGCAUGGUACAAGAUAUCACAUGGAGAGAUCUAAUCGCCUCGAGUUGCUGCCCCAGGAUGUCGUGGUUAGGAUACUGUGUAAGGUGAAUCAUAGCGACUUGAAACAACUCCUUCUGGUAUCCAAGUUUGUCCAUGGCGCGACUUUGAUUGCUAAGGAGAUGCAUUUCGCUUUUAGCACUCCGUCUUCGAGGCCUCUCUUCGGGAGGGGAAGACAUACGGGAGAUACUGAUCCAGAAGUUAGUGAAGAGGCACCAAAUGCACCAAAGCAACAGAGGGUUGCAAGGUCACGGUUUGACGAAAAAACACUAUCAAGUAUUGCUGUUGCUCUCUUCACAUCACAGAAUGGAUUAGUUGCGGAUAUGUAGAUAUGAAAUUUUUAGCAGUCUUUGUUCAUGUAAACCAUUUUGUAGACAUUAUACUAGGUCGGCUUUUUUGUCUUCGAUAGUUACAGUUUCUGCGGCUGUAUUCUGUUAAGUCACUGUGGAAGCCUUCCUUCAAAUGCUUUUAUUGAAGAGAGAUGGCUUCAUAUGAUGUGUGUAAUUAGAUAUAGGGAUGAUGUUCGAAGAGUGUUUCUCUGUUCCAUGUACAUAAAUUUGUUGUAUGCUAGGAUCAAAUUGUAUUUAAGGCUUAUCCUUCUUUAUACAUAAGGAGAAUAAAAUCAUGGUCUCAAUAUUUGUUUAUCAGA